AUGGUCAAGACUACUUAUGCCCUCACGCUCUUUGCAGCCGUGAGCAUUGCAGCCCCGGUGCAAAACGCCCCGACGAUGGACAUGGCUCGUGGCGAGCCCAUGCGUCGCGAUGGCUCUGGAAACCUCCUCGGUGCCGGUGCCGGUGGAGCUGCCAACGACCUGGUCAGUCAAGCCUUCUCUAGCCUGGAGAAACAACCUGCUAACAAGGCGGCGGAGAAGACCCCCCAGCGUACUCAAGGUACUCAGGAUGCGCAGAAUCAAAACUCUAAUAUCCUGGGUAACCUGCCUGUUCUUGGGUCCGUCCUGGGCGGAGGCUCGAAGCGAAGCCUAGAGGGCAACAGCAAGGAGUCACAAUCUGCGCCUCAACGUACCGAGGGCAUGCAGGAUUCGAACAAUCAGAACUCAAACAUUCUGGAUAGCCUGCCUCUUAUUGGGGGCGUCCUAGGUGGAGGCUUGAAGCGCAGCGUUGAAUCGCGAUCCUUGACCAGCGACCUGAGCAACUUCCCUGUGCUGGGAAAACUUUUCAGUGGUAAUCAAAAUGACAAUCAAAAUGUCAACAAGCCCCUCGGCGAUGGCAACGCCAUGCCCAGCAACUAUGAUCCAUCGGGGAAGAAGGUGGGCAAAGCUGCUGCUGAGAGCGCCAUGGGAGAGAACGGCCAGAAGGCCCGCCGUGAUCUGAACAGUGAUCUUACUGAGAAGAUCAACGCUCUUCCUAUCAUUGGGGACCUCAUCGGUAACAAGAAGAAGCAAGCAAGUGGCAAGCGGGACAACACCCCCAGUCAAUAUGACCCUGUGUACAACCUCGCUGAAGACAUCACAAACAAGAUGGAGCCGACGUACAACCUUGCCGACACGGCCUCCGCAGCGGCCAACGCUCGUCGUGAUCUAAACAGUGAUCUCACCGAGAAGAUCAACGCUCUGCCUAUCGUUGGCGACCUCAUUGGUAACAAGCAGAAGCCCGCAGCCAAACGGGCCGAGAAGAUGGAAGACAGCCAAUACGACCCCGUUUACGGCCUUGGCGAGGAUUUGACCCAAGAGAUGGAGCCCACUUAUGAGCUGGCUGAUGCCUCCUCGGCCGCGGCAGGCGCUGUCCGUCGUGAUCUCUUCGAUCUCCUCAAGACACCUCAAGAAGUUGCCAAAGAGAAGCCAGCCGCCGCCGCUGCCGCCGCCGCUCAGAAUCCCAAGACUCAGCUCGCUCAAGAUGACCGCAAGGCCACGGACGACACCAAGCCCAAGAACGAUCAGGCCAAGCCCGCACAGGACACUAAGCAGGGCGACCAGAAUCCCCUUGCUGGUCUGUUCAAGGAAAGUGGUCUUGGUGCGCUGAUGGGCAACUCGCAUCACGGUGUUGGUAUUCUUCCGAUGAAAAGUCGUCGUGAUGCGUCUAUCCAAGCUCGCGGUGACCCUAUCCAGGGUGCGACAUUGCCCGAUGCUUUGCUGAGCGGUGGCGUAUUGGGUAAAGUGACCAAGAUGCUUGCGCCAGGUGGUUUGCAGUAA